AUGGAUGGGCUGUCUCAAGAAGCGUUGCAGUAUGAGUGGCUCCCUGUGAACAUCACAGUAACAAGUGAAGUGGUCAAAAACUACGGCAUCUUGUCAAGCACAGUUGUCUACACAAUCAUCAUGAAGAGGCGUUCAGUCCUCUAUGUUGUAAACUUCAUCCUGCCCACCCUGUUCUUCUUUUGUCUGGACUUGGCCUCCUUCCUGAUCUUAGACAGUGGGGGUGAGAAGCUCAGCUUCAAGGUCACUGUGCUGCUGGCUGUCACAGUUAUGCAGCUGAUUCUGAAUGAUAUCCUGCCUUCGUCUUCAGACAGGAUUCCUCUUAUAGCGGUCUAUUGUAUCGGGGUUUUUGGCUUGAUGAUGAUGAGCCUCUUGGAGACGAUUUUGGUGAUGUAUCUGAUGCAAAAAGACAAAGAUAAACACCAAAGCCUGAAUGAGGACAGCACGGAGAAGCAAGGAAAAUUUCAAAACUGCUUUAGAGGUUUCGGUGGAAGGAGUUUUGGCUCCCCCGCAGAGGUGAAGCUUUCUCAGCUUCCUUUGCACCCUGAUGAAUCGACCGUGACUCUGAAGAGCUUCUUUCUCACGCUGGGCUAUUGGAGAAAAAUCCUGUCGGAGCCCCGUCGGCCUCCACAGGGGAUAAUACCGCUCUCGGCUUUCAUCCUGUGGGAGGAUCUCUUUAAAGGCGCCUGA